AUGCAAGGCAGGACGGCAAUAUCAAUGUUGAAUGGUGUACUGUGGGAUCAAGGAAUCUCUAAAGCUAAUAAGAAGAACAAAUAUAAUACGGUAGUGAAAAGCAUAAUAACUGACGGAAGUGAAGUAUGGCAGUUGAAAAGCAGAACAGAGAACAUGCUAUUAGCGAUAGAAAUGGAUUACUGGAGGAGAUCUGCUGGAAAAUCGAAAAGAGAACAAAUAACCAACGACAGAGUAAGAGAGAUUAUGGGAGCAGAACACACAAUUGUGGACGACAUAAGAACCAAACUACUCAUAUGGUUUGGUCAUGUGCAACGAAUGCCCCAUCACAGAAUACCAAAACAAAUUUUACUGUGGACACCUCGAGGCAGAAAUAAAAGAGAAAGGCCGCGACGAAGCUGGAUGGAGGGUGUGGAUAAAGAACUAGAAAAUAGAGAAAUACCUGAUGAUCUCUGGCUAAAUAGAGAAGAGUAG